AGCGCCGCGCCGCGCCGCGCCGGUGGGCGGAGCGGGAAGCGGCCGCGGCCCGUCUGCCGCCGGCGCCCGGAACCGCGCUCUGGGCCGCGCGCCACCGCCACCGCCACCGCCCGCGGCGAGAUGUCGCACCCGUCCCCGGCCGCGCGGCCCGGCAACCCCCGCAACCCGCGGGCUUUCUUCGACGUGGACGUCGCGGGCGAGCGAGUUGGACGGAUUGUCUUUGAGUUGUUUGCUGAUGUUGUGCCUAAAACAGCUGAAAACUUCCGUGCGUUGUGUACAGGAGAGAAAGGAACAGGGCCUACCACUGGGAAACCUCUCCAUUACAAAGGAUGCCCUUUCCAUAGGAUUAUUAAGCAAUUCAUGGUCCAGGGUGGAGAUUUCUCAAAUCAAAAUGGCACAGGUGGAGAAAGUAUAUAUGGUGAAAAAUUUGAAGAUGAAAACUUUCAUUAUAAGCAUGAUAAAGCAGGGCUGCUGAGCAUGGCAAAUGCAGGACCGGGUACUAAUGGCUCUCAGUUCUUUAUUACAACGGUGCCUACUUCUCACCUGGAUGGGAAACACGUGGUAUUUGGCCAAGUGAUCAAAGGAAUGGGUGUCGUUAAAAUACUAGAGAACGUUGAAGUAAAUGGAGAAAAUCCUGCUAAGUUGUGCGUUAUCGCAGAAUGUGGAGAGCUGAAGGAAGGAGAUGAUUGGGGAAUUGUUCCCCAGGAUGGCUCUGGAGAUGCUCAUCCAGAUUUUCCUGAAGAUUCAGAUAUAGACUUGAAAGAUGUUGACAAGAUUGUGGCCAUAGCAGAAGACAUAAAGAAUAUAGGAAAUACUUUCUUCAAAUCCCAAAAUUGGGCAGUGGCAGCUAAAAAGUAUAGUAAAAGUUUACGGUAUGUAGAAGCUUCUGACGCAGUGACAGAGGAGGCAGACAAACCAAAGUUAAAGUCCGUUGCUUUGACUUGUGUUUUAAACAUUGGUGCUUGUAAACUAAAACUGUCAGACUGGCAAGGAGCUAUUGAAAGUUGUUCAGAGGCUCUUAAAAUAGAUCCAGCAAAUACUAAAGCUCUCUACAGACGGGCUCAAGGAUGGCAGGGAAUAAAGGAUCUCGAUCAGGCAUUGGCUGAUCUUAAAAAGGCUCAUGAAAUCGCCCCUGAAGACAAAGCUAUCCAAACGGAAACACUCAGAAUCAAACAGAAGAUAAAAGCCCAAAAGGAGAAAGAGAAGGCAGCUUAUGCUAAAAUGUUUGCUUGAUUUUUUUUUUUUCCCCUAAAAUUUUAAACCUAUGCACUAAUUCUGCAAAAGAGUAAGUGGAGCUGUAGGCAAGUGUUUCUUCUCUCAUUUGCCCUGUACUGCAGUUUUCAGUGUUCACAACUUAAAAGUCUAAUAAUAAAGAUAAACUGUUCAAAGA